AUGUCCGCGCCGUUGAGCAGGCCUCAAGAGCCUCACGAUGUGAGCCUUACCAACCCUGCGCAUGGCGUAAAUCAGGCCUCUAGUGAAGAGGGCAGGACAAGAGCCAUCGUGAGCCACUACAAGGGAUUUGUCGCAGGAGUCUUCUCAGGCAUUGCAAAGCUCUCCGUCGGCCAUCCCUUCGACACCAUCAAGGUCCGGUUGCAGACCUCACAGCAUUCACAGUUCAAAGGCCCGCUGGACUGUCUGCUGCAGACGCUCAGAAAAGAAGGGCUCGCGGGGAUAUACAAGGGCGCCACUCCGCCCCUGCUCGGAUGGAUGGCCAUGGACUCGGUCAUGCUGGGCAGCUUGACAGUCUAUAGGAGAUUACUCCAUGAGAACGUCUUCUCGAACCCCGCCUUUCGCCCGGGCAGGACCGCUGAACAUCUGGCCCACGAGAAACUGCCCGCGCUGGGCCACGGCAUCGCCGGCAUGAUGGCCGGAGCGACCGUCUCGUUCAUUGCCGCGCCAGUCGAACACGUCAAGGCAAGGCUCCAGAUCCAGUACGCCGCGAGGAAGCAGGAUAGAUUGUACAGUGGUCCCAUCGACUGCACGCGGAAGAUCCUCCGCCAUCAUGGCGUCCGUGGCCUGUUCCAUGGCCUCUUCUCCACCCUCAUCUUCCGCUCAUUCUUCUUCUUCUGGUGGGGAUCCUAUGAUCUGCUGACCACGUGGUUUAAGACGAACACCGCCCUUUCCACCCCGGCCAUUAAUUUUUGGGCCGGUGGCCUCUCCGCCCAAGUCUUCUGGAUCACGUCUUAUCCUUCCGACGUGGUCAAGCAGCGGAUCAUGACGGAUCCGCUGGGUGGGGCCCUCAAUGAUGGAACACCGCGAUUCAGACACUGGAAGGAUGCGGCACGGGCUGUGUAUGGAGAAUCGGGCUGGAGAGGGUACUGGAGAGGCUUUGUCCCUUGUUUUUUGAGAGCCUUUCCGGCGAAUGCGAUGGCGCUGGUGGCAUUUGAAGGUGUGAUGAGAGCGUUACCUGAUUGA